AAAAUGCAAACAAACUGGAAGAAAGUGCCAGGGGAAUCUACAUUCCGUGUCCAGAACAUUAUAAUGGUUUCUGCAUGCAUGGGAAAUGUGAGCAUUCUGCUAAUAUGCUGGAGCCAUCUUGCAGGUGUGAUGCGGGCUACACUGGACAACACUGUGAAAAGAAAGACUACAGCGUUUUGUAUGUGGUUCCAGGCCCAGUUCGAUUUCAGUAUGUCUUAAUAGCAGCAGUGAUUGGAACAAUCCAGAUUGCAAUCAUCUGUGUUGUCGUUCUCUGUAUUACAAGGAAAUGUCCCAGGAGCAACAGAAUUCACAGGCAAAAGCAAAACACGGGGCACUACAGUUCAGACAACACAACGAGAGCAUCGACCAGGUUAAUUUAAAAAAAAAAAAAGAGCGCAUGUUUCCACAAUGGCAAAAGUAAACUGCAGACAGCUUGGACUUACAAAAUACAGUAUUAUAGACAAAAGUUCUACACAUGUUGCCUUGCAUUUGUGGUAAUCGACACCAAUGAAAACAGAACGAAACAUGUACUACAGCUAUAUUUGAUUAUGUAUGGAUAUAUUUGAAAUAGUAUACAUUGUCUUGAUGUUUUUCUGUAAUGUAAAUAAACUAUUUAUAUCACACAAUAUA